AUGGAGGGGGGCAGAGAUGGAGGGAAGGAGAGAGAGAAAGACGAGAGAGAUGAUGAGUGCGCUGUAGCAUGUGGUAGCGGAGUGCUAAUCAUGGACUCCGUCUGGAGGAACACACAGCCGCCUCUCAGGUUAUUGAGAGAUAAUGAGAUUUUCAGAGUCACACCACACAGCUUAAGACAGAGAUUCAAUCUGAAGAGAAAUAAUACUAACUUUGUUUUGUCUCUCUCUGUCUGUGUGUUGGGAUUCCAGUGCACCCUUGGGUGUGGUGAAAGAUCCCCAUUAGCUUUAGCAGAAGAAGCAGCUACUCUUCCUGGGGUCCACAAAAAAGUAACACUGAUACACUGAUAGACAAGGACAGUCACACAAAUUUAAAAUACAACGAUAUACAAACAAUACAACUAAAAAAUAAUGUGUGUGUUAGUGUGUCUGUGUGCUUGUGUUUGUGUCCCCUCACAGUCCCUGCUGUUCCAUGAGAUAUUGUUUAAUCAGUUUUCUAAAGGUAAUUUUGCUUUUGCUUGAAUAAUUGGAGAUGGAAGAAAGUUCCAUGCGAUCAUGGCUCUGUGAAUUCGUUUUGGACUUGGGGAAUGUGAAGAGACCCCUGGUGGCAUAUAUUGUGGGGUAUGUAUGGGUGUCAGAGCUGUAUGUUAUUUGAUUAUGCAGACAAUCUGGAAUUUUCAUCACAGUAAUAUUUCUCAUAAAAACUAUAAGAGAAGCAAUUAAUCUCUCAUCAACCCUCAACCAGGAAAGACUGCCAUGCAUGUUGUUGAUGUUAGUUCUGUAUGUGCAGUUAAAGGCAAGGCGUGCUGCUCUGUUUUGAGCCAGCUGCAGCUUGGCUAGGUCUUUCUUUGCUGCACUUGACCAUAUUACCGGACAGUAAUCAAUAUGAGACCAGAGCCUUAGCAACUAGUACAGUUGACUUUUGUGUCAAAAACACAGAACAUUUUUAUAACAGACAUACCCCUCCCCAUCUUCACAACAACUUUGUCAAUAUGACUUGAUCAUGAUAAUUGACCAUCCAAUGUUAUACCUAGGAGUUUAGCUUCCUCAACUUGCUCAAUGGUCACUCCAGUUGAGGUUUAGGUUUUACAGAAUGUUUUGAACUAAAUACAAUGCUUUUAGUUGUAGAUGUAUUUAAGACCAGUUUAUUAUUAAUCACCCAUUCUGAUACUGACUGUAACUCCUAAUUUAGAAUGUCAGUGAGAUCACUGGCUUUGGGUGCUGACACGUAGAGUGUGGAAUCAUCCACAUACAUAGUCAUUCUAGCUUUGUAAAAAUAGAGAAGAGUAACGGCCCAAGGCAACACCUCACUGUACAUAUCUGAUGUUAGAGAAGCUUCCACUGAAGAACACACUUUGGGUUCUAUUGGAUAAAUAACUAUCCAACCACAAGAUGGCAGGUGAUGUAAAGCCAUAGCAAGUGAGUUUCUUCAAUAACAAUUUAUGAUCAAUAACAUCAAAGACUGCACUGAAAUCUAACAAUACAGCUCCAACUAUCAUCUUAUUAUCUAUUUAUUUUAACCAAUCAUCUGUCAUCUAAGUCAGUGCAGUACAAGUUGAGUGCCCUUCUAUAUACAGUGGGGGAAUAAAGUAUUUAGUCAGCUACCAAUUGUGCAAGUUCUCCCACUUAAAAAGAUGAGAGAGGCCUGUAAUUUUCAUCAUAGGUACACGUCAACUAUGACAGACAAAUUGAGAUUUUUUUUCUCCAGAAAAUCACAUUGUAGGAUUUCCACCAAAUUAUGGUGGAAAAUAAGUAUUUGGUCACCUACAAACAAGCAAGAUUUCUGGCUCUCACAGACCUGUAACUUCUUCUUUAAGAGGCUCCUCUGUCCUCCACUCGUUACCUGUAUUAAUGGCACCUGUUUGAACUUAUUAUCAGUAUAAAAGACACCUGUCCACAACCUCAAACAGUCACACUCCAAACUCCACUAUGGCCAAGACCAAAGAGCUGUCAAAGGACACCAGAAACAAAAUUGUAGACCUGCACCAGGCUGGGAAGACUGAAUCUGCAAUAGGUAAGCAGCUUGGUUUGAAGAAAUCAACUGUGGGAGCAAUUAUUAGGAAAUGGAAGACAUACAAGACCACUGAUAAUCUCCCUCGAUCUGGGGCUCCACGCAAGAUCUCACCCCGUGGGGUCAAAAUGAUCACAAGAACGGUGAGCAAAAAUCCCAGAACCACACGGGGGGACCUAGUGAAUGACCUGCAGAGAGCUGGGACCAAAGUAACAAAGCCUACCAUCAGUAACACACUACGCCGCCAGGGACUCAAAUCCUGCAGUGCAAGACGUGUCCCCCUGCUCAAGCCAGUACAUGUCCAGGCCCGUCUGAAGUUUGCUAGAGUGCAUUUGGAUGAUCCAGAAGAGGAUUGGGAGAAUGUCAUAUGGUCAGAUGAAACCAAAAUAGAACUUUUUGGUAAAAACUCAACUCGUCGUGUUUGGAGGACAAAGAAUGCUGAGUUGCAUCCAAAGAACACCAUACCUACUGUGAAGCAUGGGGGUGGAAACAUCAUGCUUUGGGGCUGUUUUUCUGCAAAGGGACCAGGACGACUGAUCCGUGUAAAGGAAAGAAUGAAUGGGGCCAUGUAUCGUGAGAUUUUGAGUGAAAACCUCCUUCCAUCAGCAAGGGCAUUGAAGAUGAAACGUGGCUGGGUCUUUCAGCAUGACAAUGAUCCCAAACACACUGCCCGGGCAAUGAAGGAGUGGCUUCGUAAGAAGCAUUUCAAGGUCCUGGUGUGGCCUAGCCAGUCUCCAGAUCUCAACCCCAUAGAAAAUCUUUGGAGGGAGUUGAAAGUCUGUGUUGCCCAGCGACAGCCCCAAAACAUCACUGCUCUAGAGGAGAUCUGCAUGGAGGAAUGGGCCAAAAUACCAGCAACAGUGUGUGAAAACCUUGUGAAGACUUACAGAAAACAUUUGACCUGUGUCAUUGCCAACAAAGGGUAUAUAACAAAGUAUUGAGAAACUUUUGUUAUUGACCAAAUACUUAUUUUCCACCAUAAUUUGCAAAUAAAUUCAUUAAAAAUCCUACAAUGUGAUUUUCUGGAUUUUCUUUUCUCAAUUUGUCUGUCAUAGUUGACGUGUACCUAUGAUGAAAAUUACAGGCCUCUCCCAUCUUUUUAAGUGGGAGAACUUGCACAAUUGGUGGCUGACUAAAUACUUUUUUUCCCCACUGUAUGCAUGCUGAAAGUCAGUAGUUAACUUGUUCUCUGAAAAAUAGCAUUGUAUUUGGUCAAACACAAUUCUCUCCAUCAGUUUACUAAAAGAGAUGAAUUCUACUGGAGAGAGAAAAACAGCGAAAGACGUCAGAGUAGUGACUUUGGCCUCCCAGCAACAACCUGGCGAAGAGCCUAACAUGUGGGCACAAAACACAAUUCCCCAAAGUAGCACCUAAAUAUAGGGCUAAGAUUUUUUUAAGAUCAGGAUAAAACAUCUUUGUGAAAUAAACACCUUGUUCCAGUGAGGAAGUUUAGGAGCACAGCCUAGGGAUACCCCGCUGAUUCCCUCACAGUUCUCCCCAUGCGUCCUGUCCCAGAGCCCGUACUUUGUGACGCACGCCUGUCCUCUCGCCCUGCAGGAGAGAGACACACCAGUUACUGCCUUUGACUGCCUUUGUCUCCUGAGUGGCGCAGUGGUCUAAGGCGCCGCAUCGCAGUGCUAACUGUGCCACUAGAGAUCCUGGUUCUAAUCCAGGCUCUGUCGCAGCCGGCCGUGACCGGGAGACUCAUGGGCGGCGCACAAUUGGCCCAGCGUCGUCCAGGGUAGGGGAGGGAAUGGCCGGCAGGGAUGUAGCUCAGUUGAUAGAGCAUGGCGUUUGCAACGCCAGGGUUGUGGGUUCGAGUCCCACGGGGGGCCAGUAUAAAAAAUAUAUAUGUAUUCACUAACUGUAAGUCGCUCUGGAUAAGAGCGUCUGCUAAAUGACUUAAAACGUUAAAACGUAAAACGUAAACAGACAAGCCCAGCCCUAUGAGGUCCUCUCAGAGAUCUAUCAUCUCAGAGCUUCUCUACAUGAUGAAGGUGAGCCAUCUAGUGUAAGAAGGUAAUGUAUACUGAACAAAAAUAUAAACGCAACAUGCAACAAUUUCAACGAUUUUACUGAGUUACAGUUCUUAUAAGGAAAUCAGUCAAUUGAAAUAAAUUCAUUAGGCCCUAAUAUAUGGAUUUCACAUGACUGGGCAUAGGCCCACCCACUGGGGAGCCAGGCCCAGCCAAUCAGAAUGAGUUUUUCCCCACAAAAGGGCUUUAUUACAGACAUAAAUACACCUCAGUUUCAUCAGCUGUCCGGGUGGCUGGUCUCAGACGUUCCUGCAGGUGAAGAAGCAGGAUGUGGAGGUCCUGGGCUGGCGUGGUCUGAGGUUGUGAGGCCGGUUUGGUGUUCUGCCAAAUCUCUAAAACGACGUUGGAGGCGGCUUAUGAUAAAGGAAUGAACAUUACAUUAUCUGCCAACAGCUCUGGUGGACUUUCCUGCAGUCAGCAUGCCAAUUGCACACUCCAUCAAAACUUGAGACAUCUGUGGCAUUGUGUUGUGUGACAAAACUGCACAUUUUAGAGUGGCCUUUUAUUGUCCCCAGCACAAGGUGCACCUGUGUAAUGAUCAUGUUGUUUAAUCAGCUUCUUGAUAUGCCACACGUCUCAGGUGGAUGGAUUAUAUUGGCAAAGGAGAAAUGCUCACUAACAGGGAUGUAAACAAAUUUGUGCACAAAAUUUGAGAGAAAUAAACAUUUUUUACGUAUUGAACAUUUCUGGGAUCUUUUAUUUCAGCUCAUGAAACACUUUACAUGUUGCAUUUAUAUUUUUGUUCAGUGUAUAAGACUAAUUCAUUUACAUGUAUUUUGGUACAUGUAACAUUUCUUGGAGUGGGGUAGAACUGGUCUCUCGUGUGUCCAGCCCCCAUUGCAUUAGACAGGAGUGAGCUGCCUGCAGCUGAUGGAUGGAUCUGUGGGCUGCAUUGACUAGUGAGAGGAAGUCAAUGAGGCUGAACAUGUGCUCAUUGUAACUCACUUAGGCUUCACGAGGCACUACAUGCACCUGAGAGAGUUAUACUUUAAUACCCUACCCCCAAUUAGCAUUUCCUUUUAAAACAUAGAUAUUACAUUAAACAAUCAUAUUGCAUUAUUAACUAUAUAAUAAUGAAACACGGGCAGUAGAUUGAGUACACUCUUAGAAGAAAAGGUGCUAUCUAGAACCUAAAAGGGUUAUUCGGCUUUCCCCAUAUGAGAACCCUUUGAAGAACCCUUUUUGGUUCCAGGUAGAAUCCUUUUGUUUCCAGGUAGACCCCUUUUGGGUACUAUGAAGAACCCUUUCCAUCAAGGGUUCUACCUGGAACCAAAAAGGGGUCUACCUGGAACCAAAAAGGGUUUUCCUAUGGGGACAGCUGAAGAACCCUUUGGAACCCUUUUUUCUAAGAUCUGUUCAACCCCAUCGCAAUGUAAAAUACAAAACCUGUAAUUAAAACACAACAUUUAGCCGCUUAUAAAAGCAAUACAGGGAUAUAAUAAGGUAUUUCUCACAACCUUUGGCUUUAACAGUUAAUGGCCAUUACCCUCUAUUAGCCCAUCAGUCCAUAGUUAGUAUGCAGUGGGUGUCUUGGGUUUGACUCCGAGCCUGAAGAGCAACAGAGAACAACCAGCCUUCCAGACCCCAUCUGACUUCAGUGUCCAGAUACUGCCUAAUCACCAGUCCCCCACCCACCCAGCCACCUCCAUGACCAGGGCCUGUACCUGUCACUCACACCCAGCCACAGUGACCCCUGUCAGGGCAGUGUCAAUGCCAGGUUAGAGGUGGUUGUCACAUUGUCACUCCAUCCACACACCAGCUCUUCUGUUUGUUUGUUUGUUUAUUUAUUUUACUUUCUAUUUGAAUCUGUCUGCUUCCAUCCUGUCUGUCUCUCAGCAGCUAGUAGCCUUCUGUCCCUGGCAGCUGUCUGGUCAGUAUUUCUUUCCUCUGACUGCUUCAGUUAGGCUUCUGUGUUAUUUCCCCUCUAUUUCUCUCUCUUUCUCUCUCUUUCCCUCUUGCUCUCGCACUCUCCCUCUUACUUGGAUUCCACCUCUGCGUCACUGUUCUCUCACUUACACCCACAAGUUAGGCUUCGGGAACUUUGGGGACACUUGCCGCCUCUCUUUCUGACUCACCUAUCUUUUGAUGUGUUUCCCUUGCUCUGUUGGGUUCACUUUCGCAAAACUUCUCCUUCUCCUCCUGAGUGUUGAGAGAAAAUUCCAAACAACCACUGGUGCCAUUCUAUUUCUGUUUCUCGUUCUCCAUGGGAGAAAACGCUCAAAAACAAGCACAAACUCUAGCCAUUACUGAAGCUGUUAGCAGUCUGGGGGCUGUAGGAUGCAGCCUCAAGGAUUAAUUAAGUACAAUUAUUUCCCUUGAUUGUGUCCAACUUCCUACUUCAUCUAGAUGAAUGCUUAUCAGAUCUGCAAGUGGAAACCAAAACUUUAUAAACUUCCUCACGACUGAAAAAAAUUAAUAACAAGGACAGUGGAAAGUAAACAGUGGAUGUUGAGUUAGACAAGCAUCAUUGCAAAGGGUAUAUUUAAGAUGUCCUCUUCACCAGCAAAUACCAUAGACCUGCUCUCUAAUUGUUAUGAUUCCCCACUUUUAAUAACCCUCCUCCAGCCUCCUUUAUAUUUGGUCUUAUUGACGAGAGGUGAAGGAAGGAAGCGCUUGCCUUAAUUAUAGUAUAGUGCCUAUAAGCAUUGCACAAGGGAACUCCAUUAGGGACAGAGCGCCUCCAGAACAGUGUCAUGAAAGAAACUGCAACUGCCAAAAGGUAUGGCUGUUUAAAAUGUGAACUACCCACAACUUUAACUCCCAGCAAGUGCACGUAACAUGAGGGAAGAGCAGACUAGACCUAUAGUAACAUCAGGGGAACAUGUGUCCCCUAUCAGUGAGUUCUUGAGUAUUUUUUUCAAUGCAUACAUUUAAAUAUCUGAAUCAUAGAAUUGAUAGACAGAAAGAGUGCUAUAACUACAUUUUAGUCAUUUAGCAGACGCUCUUAUCCAGAGCGACUUACAUUAAUGCAUUCAUCUUAAGAUAGCUAGGUGAGACAACAUAUCACAAUCGUAACAAGUACAUUUUCCCUCAACAAAGUAGUUAUCUGCAAAGUAUAGGAAAAGACAAGUGCAUAUUCUUAUCCUACUCCACAGGUGGGUCAGAUGCGACACAGAGUUUUCUAGAUUCUAAUUCUAUCCUAUUAGAACACGUCCUCUCCAUGUACAGUAUGUUACUCAUUAGAAGCUCUCCCUCAUCUGCUUUUACACAGGCUUCAAAUGGGCACAGAAUGAAUCAAAUCACAACUCCACUUUCAACGUCUUACAGCGUUAGCGAGCACUGGCCAUCCGUAGGCUAGAAAAACCAACAAACACACGGUUUCUCAUCUGCUGUGCUGGGUGCAUAAUUAAUUGGUCCCCGUGCAGCAUGUAGGCCUAUGUCUUUACACACUGUGAUUACAGUUUGAGGUGUGGAGACGACUGCAGAAGCGGAGGCCUCACAGGUCAAACAUUCUCUGGUGUUAAUUGUGCUCGUGUCUCUAGCCGUGUCCCUCCACAGAAGAGUACUUUAGCAAGUAAUCACCCCCAGUCUGGACACCCGCUUUAAAUGUCUGUUCUCUGAAUCAAGUGGGGGGUGGUUAGACCCCGGUCCCGGCCCCAAGUGAUGUUUUACAGAAGGACCUGACUUCAAUUCUGCAGAAUGUCCCUGGUGUGAUUUAACUAGAUGAGCUACAGUAUAUCUCUUACGUAAGGUGUGUAGGUUUGGCUAGAAAUCAGCAAGAUCUUGUUCUAUGCAUUGAAAGUGCACUUCAUAGCUUAUAUUUCCGUUAGGUUUGGGCGUAUGUAUUGACAGGGGAUGCGUUUUAUAUUGAAAGUCAACAGUGUUUUUUGCUUCAAUAGGUGAUCAGGGACGUGCAACUAUAGUUUUCCUUCACAGAAAAUACAUCAGUGCAACAUUCGGCAGAAAAUAGCUUCAUUUUCAUCAGAAUACAACAAAAAUGCAACGCUAAUCAAGUAAAUAAGCUUACAAUUAAAAACCUGUUGGACAAUUCCUUCUUGUGUACUAAGUCGGUAAUACCGUAAAUCCCAGAUGAGAGAAGGACGGUAUGACAAUAUGAAACUCUGGAUACUGUCCGACCCUAAUAUCCGGCCAACAGUGUGUCUUUGCAAGUAGGGCCUGGAAAAUAAAAGAGGAAGAAGAGAACAAGGACGAACAGCGUCCUGAUAGGUUUAAAUUUAGUUUCAAAGGAAAGAAAAGCUACAGAGUGCUCAUUUAACUGGAUCAUUUUCAUCUAACACACCCUGUUGUAGUUUAUCACAUAGCAGUUUGGCUGGACAUUUACCGGAUGUCUGUCUGACCUGUGAAUCAUGAGGGAGUGUGUCUGAAUGUCUGCUCAACAUUAUAGAUACUGUCAUGGAUAAAGGUCAAACAGAAUAUGGAUUACUACAUAAACCAAAACUCCUACCCACAGUCGCCUACACCGUGGGGAUAAUAUCACUAUUCCAGCAGGAAAGAAGUGAGUGGCAAUAUACUGAUUUACAGUAUAUUAACUUUUUGUCCUGAAUACAAAGUGUUAUAUUUGGGGCAAAUCCAAUACAACACAAUACUGAGUACCACUUUCCAUAUUUUCAAGCAUAGCGGGGGCUGCAUCAUGUUAUGGAUAUGCUUGUAAUUGUUAAGGACUGGGGAGUUUUUUAGGAUAAAAAAGAAAUGGAAUGGAGCUAAGCACAGAGGAAAACCUGGUUCAGUCUGCUUUCCACCAGAUACUGGGAGAUGAAUUCACCUUCCAGCAGGACAAUAACCUAAAACACAAGGCCAAAUAUAUUCUGGUGUUGUUUACCAAGAAGACAGUGAAUGUUCAUGAGUAGCCGAGUUACAGUUUUAGCUUAAAUUUACUUGAAAAUCUAAGGCAAGACCUGAAAAUGGUUGUCUAGCAAUGAUCAACAACCAAUUUGACAGAGCUUGAAGAAUUUUGAAAAGAAUAAUGGGCAAAUAUUGCAGGUGUGGAAAGCUCUAUGAGACUUACCCAGAAAGAGUCACAGCUGUAAUCGCUGCCAAAGGUGCUUCUUCACAGUAUUGAGUCAGGGGUGUGAAUACAUUUGUAAAUGAGAUAUUUCUGUAUUUCAUUUUCAAUAAAUUUGCUAAUAUUUCGAAAAACAUGUCUUCACUUUGUCAUUAUGGGGUAUUGUGUGUAGAUGGUUGAGAAAAACUCAGUUUAAUCUAUUUUGAUUACAUGCUGUAACACAACAAAAUGUGGAAUAAGUCAAGGGGUAUGAAUACUUUCUGAAGGCACUGUAUGGGUAUCUGAGCUGUGUGUUAGCUGUUUGAACAGACAGUGCAUAAUGAUCCCAGUCCAGCCGCUUCGCAAAUUAGGAUAAUAUUGUUUGCGCUCCUCAAUGAUUCCAUCAGGUGCGGGCGGGACCACGAGACCAUUAAUAAAUGCGCGCUUGAGGCCUGUCCCUCGUGGUGGGCUCACUUGGCGCAUGAGAGACACCAUGUCUCACACCUGUGACCGCGAGGGGCUGAUAUAGAGCCUUCUGGGCCAUCUAUUCUUAAUGCGCUUUUCUUCUUAUUGACUCACAGGAGCUAUAUUAUCAAAGGUUUAAAUACGAUGAGAAUUUAGGAAAAUAAUGACAUGGAGAUGGCGCACAACAACGCCAUUUCCAACAAUGACGCACAAAUGAAUGUCUAUGAUUGGAAAGAAAAUACAGAUAUAGGGGCUGUAGCUAGUAGGCUUAUGAAUGAAUCCAAACAUUUUCAUCAUUGAUAUUUAGUGUAGGCCUAUAAUCUUAACAAACGACUAGUAAGGAAAGCCACACUAUCUAAAUAAGUGAAUGAAUUUAAAUCGGUGUUCUGCCAAAUUACCACACUCAAAUAUGAUUAGAAGAUUUAUGAAUUAAUCCUCUCUCGCAGUCAUCAUCAUCAAGUGCCAUUUCACUCCCUCAGAUUCGGCUGGUCGGCCCAGCUAGCGCCCAAGAGAAUAACCCGACAUCGUCCUCUAGAGGUUAGAACUGACUUUAAUCCAAUUGCGCACGAAUUUGUGACAUCAUUGGAAUCCUAUGAAAGGAAUCCUAUGAAAUUACUACAGCAUGGUUGGCGUGACGAUGGUAACCGCUGACUAUAAAUGGCUGGACGCGUUGUAUCUGCACAUACCUCUAAACUUGGCCUCAACGGGUCACCAAGCGCUGCAAGAGGCAAAGAACAACCUUUCGUGUUGGUUUGCUGCAAAUUAAGGUUAUUGGAGGUGCUGUGAGUGACACUAGCCAGAAAACAAAUCUAAGGUAAGUUUGGGUCACUUCAAUUCGUCUUUUUGUACAUGGACGUGCUCCAAUUGUUUUUUGUUGUUGUUGUAAAUAUCUAUUCCAAAAAUAAUUUUCCAGUUUUAUGCACCAAUAUUGAAACGUAUUAUGUGCGUAAAACAGAUAGAAAACUCAAAAUUAGUUAUGCAGCGCCAAGUCAAUGAAUUAUUAUGCAGCCUGCAUGCUUUGAAAGUAGUAUAUGUCCACUAAUAAUGAUCUAUUCUCUUGUUUUCGAAUGAAUAGCCAAGUCACCAUGAAGUCCGCCUGCCUGAUCACUCUGGCAUCUCUAGCGGUCUGCAACCUGACGUUGGCUCGAGGACAGGGCAUCCCCGCCGGGGAGGAGACCGGGGACCGGCAGACUAUAGACGAUAUCAUCCUACAGAGAGCGGAGAGACUACUGCUCCGGUCCAUUCUCAAAAAGAUUGAGGAUGGCGGGAACGGUGCUUAAUAGCUGCUUUUGGAUCGAUUUCAUGUUUUGGCAAAGUGGCUGCGUUUGACAAGAGAGCUGUGGUGCUUUACAAUGAAUUGCAGAGCAAAGAAUUGAACACAAUAUGUUUUAUUGUCACAUACACCAAAUGGUGCAGUGAAAUGUGUUGUUUUACAAGGUCGGCCGACCUUUCGAUUUCUUGCCCAACCACGCUCUAACCGCUAGGCUACCUGCCGCCCACUGAACACACAAAUUCAAGUCAUGCCUUUUUAUGCCUGUUUUAUAGUAACUUUGCGCGAAGAAAAAUUAUUUCCAUUGUAUAGUUUCACAAAGACAGAUAAACUACAUUAUUUCGAUUGCAUGGUAUUUAUAAAGAAAUAACCCACCAUUUCCAAGAUGUUUUAUUAAUGUUUUGUACAAGAUUAACGUGAAUAAAUUAAUAGAUUUUGUUAUUUGUUCGGAUGAAAAUCAAUUUGGAGAGGGCAAUCUGCAAUAUUUUCUCACAGUUUAUCCUGGCACCAAAGCACACAGUUUAAUGGUGGAAGAAUGAAAACAGAAAACAUAUGCACAGAAAAAAAGUUUUACAUAGAAAAUAUAUAUUUUAGAUAACAUAACUUUCACAAGUAAAUGCCAUUAAAACGUUGUGUGUUCAAUUGGAAAUACAUGUACGCAUGGCAUAACAAUUGGCGGUAGAUUGAUAUUUUCCGCUGUCCCUAAACUAAUAAUGUAUUAUUUGUUUUUACAGAGGGAUUGACCUCUCAGCCAGAGUGGCUGGUGAAGCGGCAGCAUCCCGGUAAGAGGUACCAGGUGGAGCUGGAGAAAAGGCAACACCCUGGGAAGCGAGAGGAGGACGAGGACGAAGACUAUGGCGAGGUCCAGAAAAGACAGCACCCGGGAAAACGCGAAGACAAAAUUGACUCUUUUGUGGAGCUCCAGAGAAGACAACAUCCAGGCAAGCGCUUAAUGCUGGAGCAGAUUACAAAGAACCCCGCAUUUCUAAGUGAACUCUGCAAACGUCAGCACCCGGGCAAGCGAUACAUGAUGUACAGCAAGCGCCAGCAUCCCGGCAGGCGAGAGGUGGACGACGAGUCAGACGCAGGGGACCUCAAGGAGUUGGAGAAGCGCCAACACCCCGGCAAACGCUACUUGGAUGACACGAGCCCGGAUUUGGGCGCCAACAGUCCCUGUGACUUGCUGGACCCUAGCUGCAGUAAGGCCAACCUGUUGCUCGAGCUAUUAGACAACGUGAACAAGAGUCGCGCGGAGAAGAGACAGCACCCAGGCAAAAGAUCCGCACCUGUCGAGGAUUUGACGGAACAGGAGUGACAAGUGGGUGCUGUGUGUGAAUUACUAUGAUGUGAAGAAUAAAAUGUUUAU